AUGUCCUCGCAGUACACUAGCAGCAGCGACACGCAGGCCAGUGCGCGCCUGUACGAGCUCGAAACCACAGUCUCGCAGAUCCGCGACGCCAGCGCCAAAACGCAGCUCGACCAUACGCGGCUUGAAAAAAGACACAACCUGGCUCUGGCCGAACUCCAGGACCUGCAGAAAUCCCACAGCCGCUUGGAGCACCAGUACUUUGAGACCGAGCGCCAGCUGCAGGCAGCCAGCGCGCAACUGGACAAGGCGCAGCGCCAGAACAACACGCUGGCCAGCCAGCUCGAAGCCAAAACCAGAGAACUCGAGCUGGCCGAGCAGCUGGCCACGGCCAAAAAGAAAGUCACCAUGCAGCGGCGCCAGACAGUCAAUCUGGGCGCGCCUGCGCGCGAGGAGCAUGACGGCGAGACACGGCGGCUGGCACUCAAGGCGCGCGAGGCCGAGGCGCGUGCGGUGCGCAUGGAGGGGGCGGCGGAGCAGGUUAGGCGGGAGGCGCAGCUGGUUGCUGCCGAUUUGGUGCAAAGCCAGCGCAAGUGUGACAAGCUUGAGCAAACCAUCAAGCAGCUCAACGAGCUGAACGAGGGCCUGCGCGAGGAUAACGAGUCGUACCAGAUGCUAUUGCAGAUGGGCACCAUCAAGGGCGGCUUCAAGCUGUCCAGUGGCCGCGCCAGCUUCGACAGCCGCAAAUACUCGCCCGACGAGGCCCCAACCCGCUCGCCCAGCUCGAUGCCUUCUCCGGCGAGCCAGCAUCCCGGCGGCCUUGAUUUGGCUGCCGAGCUCGACCAGGCACUGUCGGUCAGCGGCUCGUCGCGCACGGCCGAGCUGGAAGAGCAGCUACAAAGUACGAUCGCCGCCAUCUGGCCUGACGAGAACAAGGCGCUGUCGCUGUACCUUGCGCGCGACUACGAUUCCAGCGCUGCAUCGACGCCCACGGCCGGCUCGCCCCUCCAGCGCUCCUCCACGGUCAGGUCGCCGGUCGUCCAGCAGAAGCGCCAGCACGGCCGCACCCGCAGCACCUUCAGCCCGUUGUUGCGCGAGACCCCGCCGGUGCCCGACAUGAGCACGUUCCCGGUGCGGGGGUCCGGCGACGGCAUCACCAGCGUGUUUGUCCCGCCGACGUCGCCCAGCGCCCAGUCCGCUGCACAGUUCUCGCCGCUGCCCGUCAAGAAUCCCGAGCGGUUCGCUGGUCGCGCCCGGUCACAGACGCAUUCGGCGGGCAUGGCGCCGAUGGCUCCGCCGGUGCCGACGCCACGGCCAAAUGCCGGCAAUGCGCAGGCAGGCGGAACGUGGUGGAAGCGCAUGAGCGUAAGGAUCGGGGGCGGCUGGAACAUGCAAGAUGGGCCGGACCAGUCGGCUGCCGAACACUCGUGA